UUGUAAUAUUCGUGAAGCCACAUACAGCAUUUAAUAUAGUGAUCAAAAACAUAUUAGAAUUACAAUAUAUGCGCAGAUGUGUUUAAGUUAAAAAUGUGUAAACAUCCAGUUUUCAUUAACGUGAAUGUAGAAUAUAUUGUGAAUCAAUUUUAUUCGUUCGGUAUCAGCCAACUCGGUAUCAGUAAGGUGUAAAUUUAUUUAUUCACUUGGUUUCGUUGUUGGAGUUGGAGCCAUAUGAGCCACAUUUUCGAGUUAGUGAAUUUUAUGUGACCAGACAUACAGAAGUAUAUAUUUUCUACAAAAUCGUCACAUAACAUUAUUUUGGAAAAUCGUGUCGAUACAGUUACGUCGGUGUAUUAGUUAACGCAAAAAACUUGAAUUUAAUCAAGAUUUAAGUUAUUAACUACGGUAUGGUAUAAUAAUUUAUCUGGCUAAUAGAUUUGCAGUUCAUUUGAUUAUAACUGCCGUGACCUAGUACUUGACUGGAAAACGUGAUAUCCGAAAAUAUAAAUACAGGAAAAAAAAGUGAAAUGUGCUGUGCAUUGAAUUAGCCUUAUCUACUUAUCAAUAGAUUUUUUAUAGUAAAUUUUAUUUUGCGUGUGUACAAGUGACGUGUUUGCGAAUGAAAUGGAACCCCAAGUGAGUGAUCCAACGCGAAAAAGGAACCCCAUUACACGAGCCAUAGUUUGGCACUAUAGCAACACGAAAUGUACGAUAAAACAGGCACAGUACGAAAAGGAAAAGUACCUAAUUUCAACGGUUCGAUUCAAUCCAUGGCUGUUGAUGCCAGCUUCAAUUAUAGUGCAAUUUUGUUGUGGCUCGUUGUAUGCGUGGAGUGUUUUCAAUGCUCCGAUUGACGAAGCAAUUUCCGGCGACAGCAAAGUGUCCCAAGCACCAGUCACUUUUUAUAUUGCUGUUGGUAUGCUCGGCGUUGCGUCUGCUGUUAUGGGUCCGUAUUUAGAGCGAAAUGGUCCGAGAAAAACCAUCAUGAUCUCGUCGAGUUUAUUCCUCGUGGCGAAUAUACUAUCCGCAAUUGCCAUUUACUUAAAAUACAUUUGGCUGUUGUACCUAGGAUUCGGGGUGAUUGGUGGCUUUAGCAUUGGACUCGGUUAUAUUGCGCCUGUUUCAUCCCUGCAGAAGUGGUUCCCUCAUAAGAGAGGAUUAGCAGGUGGAUUUGCUGUAUGUGGAUUCGGAGCAGGUUCGAUUGUAAUCGGCAAAGUGAUUUUACCUUUGAUUCACACAGUCGGAUUGCCACUUACGUUUAUCGUACUUGGAUCCUUAUAUUUUGUGGCAAUGAUGACUUCUGCCUUUAUUUUCCGUGUUCCCCCUCCAGGCUAUACGGUUAUUACAACAUCAGAUACCGAGCGGAAAGCUACAGCACCACUAGUGCCCCAAAAUUCAGAGAUUAAACUAACGCUCAAGGAGUCCAUAAAAUCUAUAGACUUUUGGUUCCUCUACGUGAUCUUCUUCACGAACUCUCUAUUCGGACUACUGGUUAUUUCACGUCUGGCAGAUAUGAUAACCAAAUUGUAUUUCCGAGAACCAAAUGAAGCUUCCACAAUUGUGUCCAUUAACAGCGCAUUGAAUUUGAUCGGCCGGUUAGUUUUCUCGACACUUUCGGAUAAAAUUGGAAGAAGAACUAGUUGUGUUAUUAUGCUGACGACACAGACAAUUAUUAUCGCUACCUUUCCGAUUUUCAUGGAAGAUAGAAACUAUUGGUUGUUCCUCGGUUGUAUGUUCGUCGUUUCAAUGUGUUAUGGUGGUGGCGUCGGAAUUAUGCCAGCAUUCUUAGCCGACCUGUUUGGAAGUCAUAACAUUGGUGUCUGCUUCGGAGUACUUAUCACCGCAUGGUCGAUUGCCGGAACUGGCGGUGGGCUACUUUUUACCGCUAUCUACAAUCAUCUGCUAACAUCAUUAGGAUACACCACCGGCGACGCUUACCCGUUCAUUUUUAAUUCGUAUUGGAUAUUGUCAUUGGUAGUUUUUGGCCUGUUUUGUACACUUUUAAUAAGGACACAACAGAAAUAUCGUAUUCUCCCGCCCGUUGAAGGACAGUGGUACAGGUUUAGACUGUUUAAACGUGUGUACAUCGUUAAGAGAGUAUCGGUAUGCCCUGAGAUUGAAAUUUUGAGUGUAGACGAAUACGAUCAAUUGUGGGAUAAUUAUCUGAAAUCGCGGCAUUUAGAUGUCAACGGUGAUGCAGUUGAAUUGACGACACUAAUUGAUUCCAAUAAGUGAGUUAAGAACUUCCGAAGACAAAUUGUUAAAACUCUUGUUCAUUGUUGUUAGGGUUUAUAGAGAACGUUCGGAUUAUAUUUCUUUCUAAAUCAGUGAUUUUAUAGAGAGAAAAUAAAGUUAGAAAAUUGUUUUGUAAAUAAAUAAAAUCAAAGAACAAUAAAUUAUCAUUUUAAGAAGUAAUGUUCAACAAAUACCUGAAACAAGUGCCGUUUAGCUUACGAACUUAAUUUGAAUUUGCAUGAUCUGUUACUAUACUACAUAAAAGUGAAACUUUCUAUCUUUGUAAUCGAUAAAACAGAAAAUAAAUUUAUUU